AUGGGGACCUUCUCCUUGAAGAAUAGGAGUUUGGAAGAGGAGAGGAAGAGUAAACUUGAUGCCGGUAGCCGGAAGCCACGUCAUCCCGUCAAGAAACCGGGCCACGGUGAAGAACCCGGCUGUCGAGGCAUCCCGAAUAACAUGGUAACCGGGCCACCUCACCCUACCGGCAAGCGAAGCCCCCGGCCCAUAGUUCUUGUACUCACCGUACCACAAUGUGGCCAGCCCAAAAUCCCCGUACCACUCGAGCCACCCCCUCGGCUGCACCAUUGGGCUCAUGUACGUGUUGAUGAACACGGUCCGCGAGUACAUCUUCCAGGGCCGGCCCAAGUAGGUGGGCCGAGUUGCGUACACGUAGCUAUCUUGGAUUGUGAAGCCCGUGGCCUGGCGAGGGACGGCGGCCCCAUUGCCGAACACGAAGUCGAUUGUACCGGAGACGGUACAUUCGCGGUAGAACUGGCGGAGGGAGUGGGCGUAGAGUGUGUCCUGGUGACCUUCCAUGCUGCAGCGGUAGAAGGCCGACUGGUCCGAGUCGACUCGAAGGGCGACGCCUUGGUGGUUCUCGGGGCCCGCCGUGUUCCGAAAGGUGAUGUCCCUCGCGAUAAACCCCUUGCCCGAGACAGCUGCACUCGUUGGAUUUUCAUGUUAAAAUACGUUAACAUAAGGAAAAAAAAUUAG